GCAGGGGAGGAGAAACAAGGCAAGGAGGCGGCUCCCGCGUACGCAGGGCCGCGCCACCUGCCCGCUUGCUAGCCGCUCUCGCGCUGCCCACUAGCCAACAUGCUGCCGAGACUGGGCGGCCCCGCGCUGCCGCUGCUCCUGCCGUCGCUGCUGCUGCUGCUGCUGUUGGGCGCGGGCGGCUGCGGCCCCGGGGUGCGCGCCGAGGUGCUGUUCCGCUGCCCGCCCUGCACGCCCGAGCGCCUGGCCGCCUGCGGCCCCCCACCCGAUGGGCCCUGCGCCGAGCUGGUCCGGGAGCCCGGCUGCGGCUGCUGCUCCGUGUGCGCCCGGCUGGAGGGCGAGGCGUGCGGCGUCUACACCCCUCGCUGCGCCCAGAUGCUGCGCUGCUAUCCCAACCCCGGCUCCGAGCUGCCCCUGAAGGCGCUGGUGACCGGCGCCGGGACUUGCGAAAAGAGUCGCGUCGGUACCACUCCACAGCAGGUUGCAGACAAUGGUGAUGACCACUCUGAGGGAGGCCUGGUGGAGAAUCAUGUGGACGGGACUAUGAACGUGUUGGGAGGUGGAAGCAGUGGUGGUCGGAAGCCCCUCAAGUCAGGCAUGAAGGAGCUAGCUGUGUUCCGUGAGAAGGUCACCGAACAGCACCGGCAGAUGGGCAAAGGUGGCAAACACCACCUUGGCUUGGAGGAACCCAAGAAGCUGCGGCCACCCCCUGCCAGGACCCCCUGCCAGCAGGAAUUGGACCAGGUCCUGGAACGGAUCUCCACCAUGCGCCUUCCGGAUGAUCGGGGUCCUCUGGAGCACCUCUAUUCCUUGCAUAUCCCCAACUGUGACAAGCAUGGCCUUUACAACCUCAAACAAUGCAAGAUGUCUCUGAAUGGACAACGUGGGGAGUGCUGGUGUGUGAACCCCAAUACCGGGAAGCUGAUCCAGGGAGCUCCCACCAUCCGGGGAGACCCUGAGUGCCAUCUCUUCUACAAUGAGCAGCAAGAGGCUGGUGGGGUGCAUGCCUAGAGGGUGCAGUAAACCAUGGCCAGCAGGUGCCUGGCUUCCCCCACCCCAACACCAGCAGAAAUGGAGGAUGCUUGAGUGGUGGGCAUAGAGAAUUUCCCAGUUUUGACACAUGUAUUUAUAUUUGGAAAGAGACCACCACUGAACUCUGCAGCCCCCUGCCCUCCCCUCCCCGGCCAGUUUCUUGUACCUCCCUUCCUGCUUCUGUCAGAGAGGAAAAGGGUGGCACGGGGGAAAUUGGGGACAGUUUUGAGGGGGGGAAGAAAUUUUUAUUUUUGAACCCCUGUGUCUCUUUUACUUAAGAUUAAAGGAAGGAAAAAUAAAA